CAGGUAUCCGUGGUGUCCGCACGCACAUCCGAACCAUCUAUUAUGUGUUUGAACUGUUCAGAUUUGAAAAGAAAAAAAAGAGAAAGAAAGUAUUGGGGUGAGAGGAGAGAGAAAUUUUCAAUCUGAACCGUUCAAAAGUAUAUCAGACGGCUCAGAUGCGUCGAACGGAUACCAUGUCGGCAAUACCCGCUCGACACUGAAAAACUACUCCCAAAUACACACCAUCUCAUAAAAUAGGAGGUUCCCAUGCACACUGUAAGUACAGUAUGCAUGUAUGGAACCCUGUGUUUUGUGAUUUGUGAGAGGGCGUAUAUUUGGAUGUGGGGUGUGGUUACAGCAUCUCUCACAAAAUAAAACCCAGUUUCACAGAGUUUCAACUGAUCGGCUCCCAAAAUCUUUCCCUCACUCGCAAAAACACCCGCACGAAUUUCAAAUUGAUAAGCAGCUAGGGUUUUUGAUCAGUGUUUUUUGCACUAUGGAACAAGAACAGGCGAUGUGGACGUCACCGGAGUCCAACUCGAUGGUAUCGGCGACGAUCGGUCGAGCGAUGAGCACUCUGCUCAGCGUCCGCCCCAAGAAGCUCGAGGAUGCCGUUUCUCGGCUCGACUCUGCUCCCCAAAGAAGCUCUGUUGCUUCUUUGGAAGAAUCACUACGGAUUCUUCACUCUUAUGUGACAGAUGCAGCUAAGAGGGAAGAGCCAAUGGAUGGAGUUCUUGUUCCCAUGAUUGAACAUUCAUUGAAAUACAAGGAAUCGAAGUAUGGCAACAAAGCAAUGAUACUUUUUAAUUGGCUCUUCCAAGAUGAAGUUAUUUUCCAAGCUCUUGCAACAAAUCUUGCCAGCAUCAUCAUGAGAAAAGAGGAUCGUUAUAUUGCUCUUGGCUGGUGUAUGCUAGUACGUGGUCUUGUAGGGUAUGAGAUCAAGACGAAGCAGUUAGAAAAUAAUGGACUAAAGCAGAAGUACUCUUCACUACUCAAGAUUUUUUCUUCGUGCAUCACACAUCUUGUAUCUGUUGUAUGCAAUGGAAGCACUUUGCAGGGGGGUUUUGAGUUGCCAACUCGCCUGGCAGUGGCUGCUGCUGAUUGCACUUUAGCUCUCACUACAGCUUUGACAAAAAAAGAUCUAUUUUCCAAUGGUUCAGAUGAAAAGCCUAAACAAUCGAAUUCAAAUUUAUCAAGCCUUCCAACUACCUGGGUGCCUGGAGAAAAGAGAGUGAAACCAGCUAGUAGAUGUCCUGAAGUCUCAAUGGAAAUGAAUUUAUUGCUUUGGGAUCAUUUAGAUGAACUUAUUAUUCUUGUGCAGAGACUCAUUGCUUGGAGUAGAAAAAGCUGGUCUUUACAUGCUGAAGGAUUGGACAGAGUGCUCAAGUGGUUGCAGGGCAUAAAAGGGAGCCAUGCGCAUGUUCAAAAUGAGGCUGGGUCACACAUGCUGAAUACUGGAGUUUUACUUCUCUCUUCUUGUUGGAAAUAUUACGGCAUGUUGAUGCACUUGGAAGACUACCAGAGUUCUCAGCACUACAAAGAAUUAUUGGACCAAUACCUGUCUGGGAUUCAAUUUUAUGCAGAGAACCACACUGAAGAGUAUACUGAGAAUAAGGAUAGUGGAAUAGAGACUAUAAAGUUUUUCUUAAAUUGUCUAUCCCUGCUCUUGGGGCAUUUGGACAGCAAACGAUUUGAAAACACAUUGUCAGAAGAUGGGUUGCAGAUAUCUCGCGUUCUCAUAUCCCAGCUUCACUGUGCCGAUGCGGAGGUGAUUGAUGGGGCGGUUUGCCUCUUAAAGGCAGUCAUCUUUAGAUCCAAUUAUUCUUUGGUUGGGAGCAGUUCCACUGACACUAGAGAGAUGGAUGCUGUGCUACCAUUGCUACUACACCUUCUAGAUGAACGUGAUGGAACAGCCAGGGCUGUCGUCGUACUCAUUGCAGAAUACUGCUCCAUAAGCACAGAUAGCCGGUGCCUUCAAGAAGUUUUAAACCGUCUCGCUUCUGUAGAUGUUGUACAGAGGAGGAAUGCUGUUGAUGUUAUAUCAGAACUUUUUCGUAUAUCUCCACAUCUAGUGCAUAUUUUUGGCAGGCAAGAUAUAGCAAACCACUUGUUGGAGCGUCUUGGAGAUGAAGAAUCCAUAGUUCGAACACAAGCAUCGAAUUUGAUCCCAAUGAUGGACCCUUCCCUGGUUUUGCCUGCUUUAGUCGGUCUUCUUUAUUCAUCAGACGAAGUAUUACAGUCAUCUGCUAGAAACACAUUUGUUGCCGUGUUCAAAUAUCAUAAUAAAAGCUUUGAAGUUUUAUGUAUGUUGUUCAACUGUCUCAGCGACCUCUGUCAAAACCCAGAUCUUCCAGAAGCUUCAGGAGGGUCAAAGUUGGAUGCUGACAUCGUGCUCAAGCUGAUUCCACAGUGGUCAGACAGUGUUGAAGAGUGGAACUUGUUGGUUGAACCCUUGAUUGACAAGUUGUUUGCGGAGCCAUCAAAUGCCAUAAUUGUUAAGUUCCUAAGUUAUAUUAGUGAACAGUUGGCAGAUGCUGCAGAUGUAGUCUUUCACCGGAUUCUGUUGCGUACAAGACAGCCGGAUGAAUGGAAAAGUCAUGACUCUGAAAUCGACAAUCCUGUGAGACAGGCACAUUCUCUCUUUGAUCGCCUCUGCCCUUUACUUAUUAUCAGGCUGCUUCCGCUGAGGGUUUUUAAUAAUCUCAACUCUUCAUUGAUGUAUGGUGUUCUUCGGGACCAAGGAUAUUUUGACAUAAAUGAUCCUGAAUGUGUUGCUGGAAUCCUUCUAAACAGGGCAUUUAAUAAUUUGGAGUUUGAUGAUGUUCGGAAACUUGCAGCUGAACUCUCUGGGCGGAUUCAUCCUCAGGUACUACUUCCAAUUAUUGCCUCGCAGUUGGAAGAUGCAGCAAAUGAUCGUGAAAUACUAAAAAUAAAAGCUUGUUUGUUUGCAUUAUGCACAUCAUUUGUGAUAAGAGGCGGGGAUUCAAUUGUGCAUCCAGCUAUGCUUGAAAUUAGGAACACUAUAGAAACUAUCCUGUUGUGGCCUUCACUCGAUGGAGAUGAAGUUUCCAAAGCCCAACAUGGGUGCAUUGAUUGCCUUGCGUUGAUGAUAUGUACUGAACUGCAAGAUCCCGAAUUAUUCAGGGAUUUGCCCACAAAGAAAUCAAGUCUUGUCAGAACUCCAAGCUGGUCUCGGGAUGCUGCAAUGAGAAAUUCAGUACUUAGUUGUGUGAUCAAUCAGUUAACAAACGAUAAGAUUCAAGUUUCCUCUGCCAAAAGGGGCAAUGAGGGCUGCUCAUAUGAGUCAUCAAUGUCUCUCUCAUUUCGCAUGUGCAUGGCUAAUGUCCUUAUCAGUGCUUGUCAAAAGAUGCCAAAUUCUGGCAAGAAACCCUUUGCUCGGAAAGUUCUUCCGCAUCUCAUUCAGUCUGUGGAGAUGAUUAUGGAAUCAGAGAUUAGAGCUGCAUUUGUCCAAGUUUUCUUCUCAGCUGUGUAUCAUCUGAAGUCUGCAGUUCUUCCCCACGCAUCCGAUCUUCUCAAAGUCUCUUUGAAAUCUCUUACAGAUGGAUCAGAUAAGGAAAAAGUGGCAGGUGCAAAGCUAAUGGCAUCUCUAAUGGCUAGUGAAGCUGCUAUUUUGGAAAGUAUUGCGGGAGGACUGCUGGAUGCGAGAACAAUACUUUCAAGUAUAUUAUCUUCGUUGGAUACUUCGCCAGAAGUACGACAAGUAUGCAACCAGUUGCUUGCAUGUCUAACUUCUCCGUAGAUAUGUUUGUUUUUGCUUUUAUUUUUUGUAAUUUCCUUUUUUUGUGUGAACCUGAGGUACUUAAAUCAAAAUUAUGCAACUGCUGAUUCCCGUGUGUAUAUAAGUACGUGUGUGCCUUUUUGUAUGUAUAAGCUAAUUGUUCCUUUUCCUAAUAAAAUUUUGUUGCCUAUAAAAAAAAGAAGCUAAUUGUUCCUUUCAA